AUGUUUCAAAAAUUUUUGUAUCUCCAUCCACCAUUUACCGAGCGGGUGGUCAAUAGAAGAAAAAUGGCAAGGAAAAUCGAGGAGAUGCUUUUUGAAAAUCCUCCUCCUUUGAUCUUGCGAUGGGAUAUUAAAUUGUUACCUUCAGUUGCCCAUGGGAAUGUCAAAACUUUGGAAGAUAUAAUUGGAGUUCUAAUGACUGGCAAAGAUUUUGAGCAUUUGCUUGGAGUACCUGUUGCCCAAAAAGGCACCGGUGAGGAGAUGGCUGAAGUAGUUAUUCGGGAAGUACACCGAUUUGGGCUAAGUGACAAUAUCAUCGGUAUGUCUUUUGAUACUACAUCGUCUAAUACAGGACUGAUCCAAGGGGCAUGUACCAGAAUUGAAAGAGAAUCAGGACGAACAUUGUUGUGGUUGGCUUGCCGUCAUAAACUAAUAUUAAAAGGAGUGUUUGAGGAGUGUUGUAACAUCUAUCAAGUGGUCUUGACAUCCAGAUCUUUCGAAAGUUCCAAAAUAUGCUUUAUAAAAGAACAGCGAGUAAAAAUGAUUAACUACUUACAAAAUGUCCUAAAAGACAGAAGUCAUCCAAGGGAAAACUACAAAGAGUUAUUACAACUAUCACUUUUGUACCUAGGAGGUUGGUCUCAAGACGAAUUCAGUUUCAGGAUACCAGGAGCUCUGCACCAAGCAAGGUGGAUGGCAAAAGCGAAUUAUACACUUAAAAUUGUUCUCUUCACUAAACAGUUGGAUAUGUCUGAACGAGAAUUAAAACGAAUGAAAAGGAUUGCACAUUUUGUCAGCCUCAUAUAUGUUCGCUUUUGGCACGAAGCAAUUGUAAGUCGAUGGGCUCCAAAAAAUGAUUUGUCUAUGCUGCAGCUUCUGAAUAUUUACCCAGAUAUAGACGUCAAAAAAGUGUUCUUACUGUUGCUAAGAGACACUUGUGGUAUUUGUCAGAAACAAACGUAG